GACAUGGCACGCAAGAAGAUCAUACGAGUGAAAAUGUCUUUUAUCAUGCACAUAAAUUUGGGAAGGAAAGUUUUCGGCCAUCAUAAUAUUUAACAAUACGCAGGUCUCAUUUUCUAACUGUGGCUCACAAUAAAUUUGGGAAGGAAAGUUUUCAGCUGUCAUGAAAGGUGGGGUUUGGUCCCCAUAAAACGAAGAAUCUCUCUCCCUAUAUCUUGUGGUCUACAAACGAUCGUACCACUCUCCAGUGGAGAUUCUGAAACAUUAGGCUUGUUGAACCCUUUGAAUACUGGGACAUUAUAUUGUUCUUGAUUGAUUGAUAACCAAAAAUAAAAGAGAAAUUUCAAUAGUGGGCUCCUAGUUUGGCUUUUUUCUAUGGAAACGGGCACCCACCAACGCUAAUAAAUUGAUUGCACUUGUUAUAUUUAGCAACUUGCCAGCAGCACUAAAACCACUUCGAUGGAACCCUCAGUUGUCCACAGUUACAAUAGUAAUGGCACCACCACCGCCAAUGGCAACUGCACCAGCGACUUUGAUAUCAUUUCCUGGUUUGAACAAGUGUCUAAGAACGCCGCUUCUACUCAGACUCAGACGCUAUGCCGGAUUCUGAGGCAGAACUGUGGCGUGGAAUAUCUGAAGAAAUGGUUGGGGAGCUACAAUGUCUCAGAGAUGGAUGCUUGUGCGUUGGAAUCUCUUUUUACUUCUGUGGUUCCCCUUGCUUCUCAUGCAGAUUUAGAUCCGUAUAUCCAAAAAAUUGCAGAUGGAGACACCACUCCUAUACUCAUACAACAACCCAUAACCACGCUUUCCUUAAGUUCUGGAACCACAGAGGGAAGGCAGAAGCUCGUACCCUUUACCCGCCAUAGUGCUCAAAUGACCCUACAAACUUCGACUUUAGCAGCAGCCUAUAGAUCAAGGGUUUUUCCCACAAGGGAAGGAGGUAAGAUUCUUGAAUUCAUAUACAGCAGCAAACAGUUCAAAACAAAAGGAGGUUUAACCGUUGGAACAGCCACAGCACACGUCUACGCAAGUGAAGAAUUUAAAAUCAAACAGGAGAAAACAAAGGCAUUCACUUGCAGCCCCUAUGAAGUUAUUUCGGGAGGGGACUAUAAACAAUCCACGUAUUGCCACCUCCUUCUUGGUCUCUUCUUCUCUGAUUACAUAGAGUUUAUUUCCUCAACCUUUGUCUAUGCCACAGUGCAAGCUUUUUGCAUAUUCGAAGAGGUUUGGAAAGACCUUUGCAAUGACAUAAGAGAUGGUACUUUGAGUUCAAGAAUCAAGUUACCCAAAAUGAGAGAGGCUGUUUUGGGAAUCAUAUCGCCAAACCCCUCUUUGGCCUCAAAACUAGAAGCCACUUGCUUGGAGCUAGAAGUGGUGGAUUGGUUUGGUAUGAUUCCCAAACUUUGGCCAAAUGCCAAGUACGUUUGUUCCAUAAUGACAGGUUCUAUGCAACCUUAUUUGAAAAAGCUUAGGCAUUAUGCAAAUGGGAUGCCACUAAUAGGUGCUGACUAUGGUUCAACUGAGAGUUGGAUCGGGGUUAAUGUGGAUCCUAGUUUGCCUCCAGAGAAAGUAACCUUUGCUGUAGUGCCCACGUUUUCUUACUUCGAGUUCUUACCACUUUAUAGACAGAAACAAGAUUGCAACUUAGUAGCCAAUCAUCAUGAUUUCAUGGAAGACAAGCCAAUCCCACUAUCCCAGGUUAAAGUUGGCCAAGAGUACGAAAUAGUGCUCACAACUUUCACUGGGCUGUACAGGUACAGACUAGGAGAUGUGGUGGAAGAUGGGACCCCAAAACUGAAAUUCAUAUGCAGAAGAAAACUAAUUCUAAUAGUGAACAUAGACAAGACCACAGAGAAAGACCUUCAAAUGGUGGUAGAGAAGGCUUCACAGCUGCUAACUAAUAACAAGGCCAAUGCUGAGCUGAUUGAUUUCACGAGCAAUGCAGAUCUCUCAAACCAACCAGGAUGUUAUGUCAUUUACUGGGAGAUCAAAGGUGAGGUCGAGGACGAGGUGCUUGAGGCAUGCUGCACAGAAAUGGAUGCAGCUUUUGUUGACCAUGGCUAUGUGGUUGCAAGGAAAGCCAGUUCAAUAGGGCCUUUGGUGCUUUGCAUUGUUGAGAGAGGAACUUUCAGAAAGAUUUUGGAUUCUUUUUUGGCCAAUAUUGGUUCAGCACUGAGUCAGUUCAAGACCCCUAGGUGCACCAACGACCCGGUGCUUCUCCAAAUUCUUAGUGCAUGCACCAUUAAAACUUUUCGCAGCACUGCUUAUACUUCAUUCAAUUCAUGAUGGAUGCAUCAUGUUUUUUUUUUUUUUUUUUUUAGGUUUUCUUGAUCUGGUUCCUUCUGGUGGAUAAGAAUGAAGUAGGCCUAAUGAUAUUUGUUCAAUUUUCAACAAUUUGUAAAUUAAUU